CCGCAACGGGGCGAUCGGCUCAACGCGAUCGGCUAGCCAGAUUAUAGAAGCUACCAUUGAUCCAAAAUGUCAAAGAGUCAUCUGAAUCAGCAAAAUGGCUCGGUGCCGGGUGGCGGCGGCGCCGGACCCGGGGACGACUUCUCCGACGACGACAGCACGCCGCUCACUCAGGACUAUGGCGGCAGCCAACGAACCGUGGUCGAGACGAAGGGCUGGGACGUGUUUCGCGACCCGCCGCCGCGCAUCGACUCGGGCUCGAUGGCGAAUCAGCGCUGCCUCGAGAUCACUGUGCAAAUCACCAAGGUCCUGGUCUAUCUUCUAGUCUUCGUCGUGGUCCUCGGCAGCGGCGUCAUCGCCAAGGGUACGGUCCUCUUCAUGACCUCGCAGCUGAAGGCUGAGCGCACAGUCGUCUACUGUAAUCGACAGUUGGGUCGAGAUCGUCAGUUCGUGGUGAAGCUGCCCGAGGAGGAGCGCAUCGCCUGGAUCUGGUGCAUCAUCAUAGCGUUCACGGUGCCGGAGCUGGGCACCCUCAUACGCAGCCUGCGCAUGUGCUUCUUCAAGUCGUGGAAGAAGCCCAUGUCGUCGCACUUUCUCCUCGUCUUCGUGAUGGAGACGUUCCACGUGCUCGGGCUGGCGCUCAUGUUCUUCGCCAUACUGCCGGACCUCGACGCCGUCAAGGGCGCCAUGCUGGCCAAUUGCGUCUGCUUCGUGCCCGGUCUGCUCGCACUGAUGUCGAGAAACAAGGACAAGGACGAGUCGAGGCGCUUCGUCCUGGUGCUGGUGGAUCUCGCGGCGCUGGCCGCCCAGGCCACGGGCUUCGUCGUCUGGCCGCUCCUCGACAGCAAGUCGCCGUCCCUCUGGCUGAUACCGCCCGCCCUCGUGCUCAUCUCGUGUCGCUGGUGGGAGAACUACGUGUCGGACAAGAGCCCGAUCGGCCUGAUCAAGUCGCUGCACCGGGUCAAGCGCGACCUCAUACAGACGCGCUACUUCACCUACAUCUUCAUCUCGCUCUGGAAGAUCCUGGCGUUCGCCAUCACGGGCAUGGUCGUGCUCUACUGCCGGGGCGAGAACGUCAGCCAUCUGUUCACGCUGGUGGGCCAGGCGUUCGGCGAUCACAAGAUCGUCGUGCAGGCCGUGAGGACGACGGCGGGCGGCUCGCUGCCCGACCUCAUCGAGAUAAUGCCCGACGGUGACGUCGAGAUCGUCAGCGCCGACUUUCGCGCGCCCCACUACGUCCUGCUGCUGGCCAUUCUCAGCGGCUACUUCAUGUACAUUUUCGGUAAAUUCGCAUGCAAGAUCCUGAUCCAGGGCUUCAGCUACGCGUUCCCGGUGAACCUCACGAUCCCCGUGACGAUCUCGCUGCUGAUGGCCGCGUGCGGUCUGCGCAACGCCGAUCCCUGCUUCUUUCACGGCACCGUACCCGACUAUCUGUUCUUCGAGUCGCCGCCCAUGGACUUCUUCAAGGGCCUGCUGUCGCGCCAGUACGCCUGGGUCUGGCUGCUCUGGCUGCUGUCCCAGACCUGGUUCACGCUGCACAUCUGGACGCCCAAGUGCGAGCGCCUCGCCGCCACCGAGAAGCUCUUCGUCACGCCCAUGUACGACGGCCUGCUGGUCGACCAGUCGAUGGGCCUGAAUCGCAAGCGCGACGAUCAGCCCGAGGUGAAGGUCGAGGACCUGGCCGAGAUCGAGCGCGAGAAGGGCGACGGCGACUACGAGACCAUCUACGACAAUCCCGGCACGCCGCAGACGCACGUCAAGACGACCGAUCACGUCACGAGGAUCUACGCCUGCGCCACCAUGUGGCACGAGAACAAGGAGGAGAUGAUCGAGUUCUUGAAGAGUAUCCUGCGCCUCGACGAGGACCAGUGCGCCAGGCGGGUCGCCCAGAAGUAUCUCAAGGUCGUCGAUCCCGAUUACUACGAGUUCGAGACGCACAUCUUCUUCGACGACGCGUUCGAGCUGGCCGAUCACGACGAGAACGAGUCCCAGGUGAAUCGCUUCGUCAAGCUGCUGGUCGGCACCCUGGACGAGGCCGCGUCGGACGUCCACCAGACCCGCAUGCACGUGCGCGCCCCCAAGAAGUACGUGACCCCGUACGGCGGCAGACUGGCCUGGACCCUGCCCGGCAAGACCAAGAUGAUCGCCCAUCUCAAGGACAAGAGCAAGAUCAGGCACAGGAAGCGCUGGAGCCAGGUCAUGUACAUGUACUAUCUGCUGGGCCAUCGUCUGAUGGAGCUGCCGAUAAGCGUCGAUCGCAAGGAGGUCAUCGCCGAGAACACGUUCCUGCUGACCCUCGACGGCGACAUCGACUUCCAGCCGCUGGCGGUCAAGCUCCUGGUCGAUCUCAUGAAGAAGAACAAGAAUCUCGGCGCGGCCUGCGGUCGCAUCCAUCCGGUGGGCUCGGGCCCCAUGGUCUGGUACCAGAUGUUCGAGUACGCCAUCGGCCAUUGGCUGCAGAAGGCCACCGAGCACAUGAUCGGCUGCGUGCUCUGCUCGCCCGGCUGCUUCUCGCUGUUUCGCGGCAAGGCCCUCAUGGACGACAACGUCAUGAAGAAGUACACGACCAGGUCGGACGAGGCGCGCCACUACGUGCAGUACGAUCAGGGCGAGGACAGAUGGCUGUGCACGCUGCUGCUGCAGCGGGGCUACCGAGUCGAGUACUCGGCCGCCUCCGACGCCUACACCCACGCUCCCGAGGGCUUCAACGAGUUCUACAAUCAGCGUCGUCGCUGGGUGCCCUCGACCAUCGCCAACAUCAUGGACCUGCUCAUGGACGCCAAGAGGACCAUCAAGAUCAACGACAACAUAUCCAUGCCCUACAUCGCUUAUCAAAUUCUGCUGAUGGGUGGUACCAUUUUGGGUCCUGGCACGAUUUUCCUUAUGUUGGUGGGUGCCUUCGUAGCUGCCUUCAAAAUCGACAACUGGACGAGCUUUUACUACAACAUCAUUCCCAUUUUGUUCUUCAUGAUCGUCUGCUUUACCUGCAAGUCCAACAUUCAACUGCUAUGCGCGCAAAUAUUAUCGACGUGUUACGCGAUGAUAAUGAUGGCCGUGAUAGUGGGUACGGCGCUGCAGCUGGGCGAGGACGGCAUAGGCUCGCCCUCGGCGAUAUUCUUGAUAUCGCUGUCGAGCUCGUUCUUCAUAGCGGCCUGUCUGCAUCCCCAGGAGUUCUGGUGCAUCGUGCCGGGCUUGAUCUAUCUGCUCUCCAUCCCGUCCAUGUAUCUGCUGCUGAUCCUCUACUCGAUCAUCAAUCUCAACGUCGUUUCCUGGGGUACGCGCGAGGUCAUGGUCAAGAAGACCAAGAAGGAGCUCGAGCAGGAGAAGAAGGACGCCGAGGAGGCUCGGAGACGCGCCAAGAACAAGUCGCUCCUGGGCUUCCUGCAGAACGGCGCCGGCAACAAUCAGGACGAUCAGGGCUCCAUCGAGAUAUCGCUCGCGGGCCUGUUCAAGUGCAUGCUCUGCACCCACGGCAAACCGUCGGACGAGAAGCAGCAGCUCGUAGCCAUCGCCGAGUCGCUCGAGCAGCUCGGCCGAAGAAUAGAACACAUCGAGAAAGCCGUGGAUCCGCACGGUCACGCGGGCGGACGCAGACGCGCCUCCUCGGUGGGCUCGCGCUCCGCGGGCGAUCAUCUCGGCGCCAUCGGCGAGAAUCCGGACGGCGAGAACGGCCACGACAGCGACACGGAGACGAUCGCCUCGCAGAACACGGAUCAUCCGCGCGAGAACGGCUUCCCGUCGAGGCCCUACUGGCUCGACGACGACGGCAUCAAGAAGGGCGAGGUCGAGACCAUCUCCAUCCAGGAGGAGCUCUUCUGGAAGGAGCUGCUCGAGAAGUAUCUCUAUCCCAUCGACGAGGAUCCCAUCGAAAAGGCGCGUAUAGCCAAAGAGUUGAAGGACCUGCGCGACCGGAGCGUCUUUGCCUUUGUCAUGAACAACGCCCUCUUCGUCCUGAUCGUUUUCCUCCUGCAACUGAACAAAGAUCAAUUGCACGUGAAGUGGCCCUUCGGUAUCAAGACGAAUAUCACCUAUGACUCGAACACGAACGAGGUACACGUACAAAAGGAGCAUCUGCAACUCGAACCGAUCGGUUUGGUGUUCGUCUUCUUCUUCGCCCUCAUUCUCGUCAUUCAGUUCACGGCCAUGCUGUUCCAUCGCUUCGGAACGUUCGCACACAUCCUCGCCAGCACGAGCCUCACCUGGGGCUACUGUAAAAAGAAGAAUGACGACCUGUCCGAGGACGCUCUGCUGUCGAAGCACGCGGUCGACAUAGUCCGCGAUCUGCAGCGUCUCGACGGCAUGGAGGGCGACUACGACGAGGGCAGCGGCAGCGGUCCCGGGCGUCGGCGCACCAUACGCAACCUCGAGAAGAGCCGCAAGAAGACCCAGGCGAUCAACACGCUCGACGUGGCCUUCCGCCAGCGCUUCUUCAAUCUCAAGGCCGAGGGCGGCGAGGGCAUCGGCCUGCCGCGCAACAUAUCCACGCGUCGCUCCACCCGGGCCUUCAAGGCCCUCGAGGGCAGGCGCAACAGCAUCAUGGCCGCCCAGCGGCGUCGCUCGCAGAUGCAGACCCUCGGGGCGAACAACAUCUACGGGGCGCCCGGCAACACCCUCGGCAUCGUGAACAAUCGGCCGACUCGCAGCAGCCAGAUAUCCGCCAUGGAUCUGUUCGCCGACGUGCCGAAUCCCAGCGCGCCCAGCGCCCCCGCCGUCAGCGCCGUCGCGGCGGCCGCCUCGAUCUCCGGGGCGCACACCAAUCCGGCCUACGAGGCCGACGAGGACCAGAGCCCGAGGAACAGCGUGCGGAUGCGCACCAUGAGCCCCACCUGGAUCGAGUCCGUCAAUUCGAAUCUGUGAGAAAAGAAAAAGAAAUGAAAAAAAACAUACGUGCGCGCUGCGAGGCUAUAAGUAUAGCCGAACUACGCGUGACUAUUCAUUACGUUAUAGGUAGUUUAUUGUCAUUUUUAUGAUUAUUAUUAUUCUUUUUAUUCUCUUAGACGAAUAAACUGUGUAAAUAAUUGAACUGAGAAAAAGACGUUGGCGCAGUUCGCGAUAGAGCUGGGAUAUUAUGUGUCCCCCACCUGCGGCUCUGCGCGAGCGCGACGUGAUUCACAUUAUUUUUCUAUGAUGAUGCGAUGAUGUUCAAAGAGACGCGACCAUGACCUUUGAUAUGUUAAGUUUUUACCUGUGUUAUUGAUUAUUGAUGAUUGUGGAUGAUCGAAUGAGUCGUUUUUUUAUUAUUUAAUUUUUUUUGUAAACACGUGUGUAAGCACGAGCGUUAUGUUAUUUUGUCUUUUUAUAAUGAAAUAUAAUAGAUUUUCACUUUUUAUCAAUGAGAUACUAAGCCAAGUUCAUUACUCGUAACGAUCUGAAAUUAUAGGUAUAAAUGAAAUUAUUAUGAUUGUUAAAAAUGAGUAUAUAUGUUGUAAGUUAUUAUCAAUAUCACUGUGUUAUUGAUAAACUCAUAGAGAUUCAAUGAUUACCAUACGUGAAAAUGAGAUUUUCCUAAUAGUUUUAUUGUUUCGAGAUCAGAAUUUUUAAUAUUUCCAUUCUCGUAUCGGUUGCGAAUUGACUGCGUCGAUUAACACGCGCGAUUGAGAAUAUGUACAUAAAUAUAAAAAAAAAUUAUGGGUGCAAUGCAAAUUUACGAUAUGUAAUUUAUCGUUACAAUUUUGGCGUUUCGACGAACCCCUAAAAUUGUUUUUAUUAUAAGAUUGAGCAUGUUUUAUGUUUAGUAAAAAUCGCCGAAUGAACUAGCUGUCAUUAUCGCGAGGA